AUGCGCCCACCAACAAUCGAUACUUCUCAUCGACGGCAGAGUGUACAGGGUGGUGCGGUAUUGUGGAAAAGUGAAGACAACCUUGCAAAAUCACGAUCCACCCCUCACAAAUCAAAAAGACCAGAAACAGUCGGACGUUCGUUUUCCCAACGGCUGCAAAAGUUCUCUCUUUCCCGUACACCGACCCGCUCGGAUGUCGUGACAACAAACACGAUUAGCAAAGAUUACGAUCCGACCACAGGCAACAAGAUGAUCAACCAUUACAUGAUUCUCCAGGAGAUCGGUCGUGGUGUUCAUGGCAAAGUCAAGCUGGCCAGGGAUACGAACACAGGCGAGUGUGUGGCUAUCAAAAUUGUUGACAAACGGAACCGAAAACGACAGCUUGGUCACAGCUUACGGCCAGUGGAAGGAGAAAGCGAACACAAAGUCCGAAGAGAGAUUGCAAUCCUCAAGAAAUGCGUUCAUCCUCAUGUGGUGCGCUUAUUGGAGGUUAUGGAUGACCCAGCAAGUCGCAAGAUAUACAUGGUGCUCGAGAAUAUGAAGGGAGGAGAACUUAUCUGGAAAGACGAAGACGGCCCGAGGUUGUCUAUCGAGCGUGUAAAAAGUAUUUUUAGAGACGUUGUGAGUGGUCUUGACUAUUUGCACUACCAAGGUAUCAUUCAUCGUGAUAUCAAACCAGCUAACCUACUGCUGACCGAAGACCAGGUGGUCAAGAUAUCGGAUUUUGGCGUUUCGUAUUUUAAUCAACAUUUGGCUGGCAAGCCUUUAUCAAACCUGCCUGACCGUCAGAUGGAUCGCGAGUUAGCCGAGACAGCCGGAACACCAGCAUUCUUUGCCCCUGAGCUCUGCAGCACAACCUGCGACACUGACAACGGUGAAGAUAACAUCAGUAACAGCAACAGCAAUGGAAAUGGAAAUGGAAACGGUGGCGAUGACCUUUCAAACGUACGGAUCACAAAGGCAAUUGAUGUCUGGGCGCUCGGUGUCACUCUAUAUUGCCUAUUGUUCGGAAAAUGCCCCUUCAUGGCUGCCACAGAGUUCGAAUUGUUUGACGCUAUUCCAGUCCAGCCACUCACAUUUCCUGCCAAUUUUGCUGACCAGGAUUGUAAAGAUCUCUUGCUUGGUCUACUGACAAAAAAUCCAGACGCACGCAUGACUUUAGACCAAGUUAAGGUUCACCCAUGGGUCAUCUCUGACCUCGCGUAUCCCAUUAUCUGGUGGCAAGAAGCGGAUCCGAGACAAUACAAGACGGUUGAAGUAACUGAUGAUGAUGUUAACCAAGCCGUCACCAUCAUGGUAACAAACUCUUUUCUAUCAUAUAUUUUAUUAAACAGCCAAAGAAAACAACAACGACAACAACGACAAUCUAAAUACAUAUGUACAUACAUGCAUACACACACACACACACAUAUAUAUAUAUAUAUAUAUAUAUUUCUUUUAUUCUUUUGCUUUUAA